AAUAGAGACGCUUGACGGCCGUCAUGACCAGUGAGAGCCGCUCUUAAGCGCCCCUCUCCCACCUGCCCCCAUACAUCACCUGGCAGAUACAGAGAGAAGAGAGCCAGAGAGCGUGCUAGAGUAGUGAGAGUGGUGUAAUGAGUGGUGGGAGGCGGCCAUGAGAGGAGUGUGAGGAGUGUGGUAGUGGCGGCGUCCCAGCAGACGACACUACACCAGGGAGGAGGACAUGGGCCUGGUGGGCCGCGUCAGAUAUGCCCUGGGCUCCGUGAUGAUGAUUGGUGUUGCACCAGAGUAUCUUGGAGUGUGGCUAGCAUGGAGAGGCAUAACACUAGUACUUCCCGGCUGGGUGUACCAAUGGGGCGAUGAUAAACUAUAUUCCCUUUACCAGCGUCUUGUUCUCUUCUUCUUUGAGACUUGUACUAGAACAGAGGUAGUGGUUUACGGGGAUGCUGAUGAUGCACUGAAGAAGAGGGAGAGUGUCUUGUAUCUGGCUAAUCAUCAGUCCACAGUGGAUUGGCUGGUUGCUGACAUGGUAUCCAUCCGAGGCGGUUCCCUAGGCCACCUUCGUUAUGUGAUGAAAGACACGCUUCAGCUCAUCCCGCUGUAUGGACAUUACUUCUAUGCUCACGGCUGUAUCUAUGUCAAACGUGGAAAAUUCAACCAACAAAAAAUGAUUCGUGCCCUCGACUAUCUCACGGAUCCAAGGAUUCCAACUUGGCUGGUGAUCUUUCCAGAAGGUACACGAUAUUAUCCUGCGACACCCAAGGUCAUUGAGAAGUCCGAACAGUUUGCAAGAGAUAAUAACUUGAAGAGACCCUCAGAGGAAGCAGCUGUGAUGGAUGGUCAUGAUGGCUCGGGUAGGAAGAAACAAAAUCAACUUGUCUUGAAGCACCAUCUCGUCCCUAAGGUUAAAGGCACGUGGCUUGUAGCUGAACAUCUGCAUGCUAAAUUUGAUGCUCUUUAUGAUGUCUCCGUGUUCUAUGAAGGGUGUGUGAGCCAGGAUGGCGUUAGAGGAAAUGCACCACAGUUAAUAGAGUUCCUGAUGGGGAGGUGUAAAAAGGUUCACAUUCAUAUUCGACGCAUCCCCAUGACGGAGGUCCCAAAUGAGGAGGAGCAACUAAAGACCUGGCUUCAAAAUCUUUAUAUAGAGAAAGACAAAUUGGCAGAAAACUUCUUCACUAAAGAUAAUGAGAAGAGAGCAACAGUGCAGAAGAGGUUAGGUGGUCAUGCCUCACGUAUUAGCAUUUGGUCAACCCUGUCAUCAUUUCUUUUCUUCACCGCCAUUACUGUGCCCUUCGUGUGUACCAAGAUUGGUCGUCAACUGUAUCUUCAACUGCUGCUAUAUGGUACUCUGGGAUCCUAUGGUUGGUUAGCCAUCCGCUCGGUUUGUUAGCUUCUACAACCGAAAUUAGAAAGUUUUCCAAUAUGCUGACAGUGGGAGUACUGCACGGGUGGUGCAGUGUGCUUCUUGGCCUUCCCACCGACACAGCAGAAAGCAGCUAUAAGAACAUUUAUGAAUAACAUUUAUGAAUUGAAUUUGAAUAGCAAACUAUUCAAAGUAAAUGUACAGAAAUGUGUACAAUUUCAAUAUUGAAAGGGGUACUUAAGUUUGUAAUAUGGGUCAUGUCCAGAAAAAAAUAUAUGUGCCAUAUUUUGUGAACUUGUUGAAAGAGAACUUUUGCCACAAAGAACAAAUUAUGGGAUUAUAUUAAUGUAUCUAUUGUGACUGUAAUAGUUAAGAUGCUAUUCAAUUGGUGGAAGUUGCAUUAUAUUUUGUGUACGGAGCAAAUCUAGUAGGUGAGUAAGCCAGCCAUUAGUUAGGAGUGUCAGUGUUUACAAGAAGAGGGCCAUCAGAUCUAUGAGAAAUAAGUAGCACUUGCACUUGUUUGUUUUCCAUUUUAACAUUAAGAAAUUGACAUAGGAAUAAGAGUCUUGUUAAGUUUUUAUGUAAACUGAUUGUUAUUGUAUGAUUUUGUUCUCUUGAAGAGAGGUGGCACACAGAAAGCUGUGAAGUAUAUUAAUACUGUACUUCCUCGUGACAUUCAUGUGUCCUUUAAUCAUUAACAAUGCAUUACAAAUAAUUAUUUGGCAGUUAAUGCAUUCUGAGCAUUAAAUAGGGCUAGCUAAAUUUGUUUUAUUAUUAUGUAUACAGAAUAUACACUGUAUAUAUCAAUAUUUGUCUGUAUAUUAUUAAACUAGUUGAGGAGAUGCUUUUAUCAAGUUGUACACAGCCUCUUACCUUGAGUAAAUUACCCCAAUGCAGGUUUGUUAAAAAACAAAGUUUGCAUUAAUUUUAUCAUCUAACCUUCCUGCAAAUGAAUUUGUGUAAUGUAUUUUGAUUUAAAAAAAACGAUAAUUGUGUGUGUGUGUGUGUGUGUGUGUGAGUGCAGAAUAGUCUGCAAAGCCUUUGAGUGUGUGGCCACAUGCUUGGUGUUGGUGUGAGUGCAAGUAGACACAAUGGCCCUCAGGUAUAUCAGCAACAGUAGCAGUUAACUUCUGCCCAUGCACUUUGAUUGUCAUAUACACAAUACAGUACUGAGUGUUGGGUUCAUAUUUGUAUAUUCCUUGGUAACAGAAUUCUUUGUCUUUCCUCACUCCUGCACUCAUUUGUAUAACAUUUUGGUUAAUUUGUUAAUGUGCAUUACCUGUACAAGGAAGAAUAAAGCAAGUUCAGAUUGGGUUCAUAGUAUACUAUGCUUCCUUUUUAAUUUCCAAAGGAUGAGGGUAAAAGAAUCAAAUAGUUAAUAAUUACAAACUCUCAUGUUAUACAUAUACAGCUGAUAAUGCAGCUACAUUAAAAAUGGUGCAAAGGUUUGAGUUCCUAAUAGAAUUCAAGUUAUACAAAUAAUUGGCAGAAUGUGGAGACAAGAUUGAUUUAAUUAUGAAGAAAACUGGUGAUAAUGGACGGCACAAGUCUGCAGGAAUUACUGUGAAGUAGUAAUAACCAGGCUACUGUGUACUAACGGAGAGCGUACCAUGUUUGUGAGACGGUCUCCACCAGUGUGUACUGACGGAGAGCAUACCAUGUCUGUGAGACGGUCUCCACCAGUGUGUACUGACGGAGAGCGUACCAUGUGUGAGAAGAUCACCAGUGUGUACUGAUGGAGAGCUUAAUAUGUCUGUGAGAAGGGCUCUACAAGUUUACAAUUGCUUUAAAGUACGUGUAGGAAUGAGAACAUUUCAUGACUUUGAGGCUUGAUCACAGUACAAGCCUAUAAACAAAUUAAGACAUUUUCAUGCGAGUGAAAAUGACGAGAUAUUUUUCUUGUGCUACAAAUAAUUUUAUGUUAAUUCUAGCGCUGUUUAUUCUCCAUAUGUGAGGGUUUUGAUUUUGGGAAAUCAGUGUAUAAAAUGCACUACAUGCAUUUUGGAUGUGUUAAUAUACAAAAUUUAUUACUGUAUAUACAUUUUAACUAAUAAGCACAAAGUGCAUGAAAGAUGUAACUUAAACAUUUUUUUUGCAAAAUUUUGGCAGUUUGAAUAAACAUAAAAGCAUU